CAAUCAGUUCCUAGCUUACCUUAUAUGAAUAUGACAAGAAGUCAUACUGCGGUCAUGUAUAAUGGAUAUAUGAUUAUAGCCUUUGGAGUUUACGGAAGUUAUUCUUUUACAUCUGAAGUAAAAGUUAUGGAUGUGACAAAUUUAAGCUCGUUGACUUGGGUUCCGACUUAUAAAGCAGGAACAUCACAAACGACUACUGGUUCAAUAAGUACUUCAACUUCAACCACUGAAGUCGUUGAUAACAAAAAGAAAUUUAUUUUAAUUCUUGGAUCUGCAAUCGGUGGUGGGCUUGUUAUUAUUGCUUUUAUAAUAUUUUUUAUGCGUCGACGACGUAAUACUCAAAAUAUAAGACAUUCGGAAUAUUCUGCACAUUCGAACAAUGAACCAGUUUCUGCUAAUAUCUCAACUGUUAAUUCAACAGGAUUUCCAACCCAAAUUCAGAAUUCAAGCCCACCU